AUGGCCCUCACAGGAUUUUUGCUUUUCGCUUGGCUCCAGUUCGUCGCCGCCAAUGAGCCUUCUUUGAGAGGGGCGCGCCAUUUGGGCGACGCCUCCCCGGCCCACGCUGGCUGCUUCGUGCGGAAGGGCAACCAGAUGCUGGUUGUUAAGCUGACGUAUGGCGGCCGGAAGUAUGACAUCCCUGGAGGGCAGACGAACUGGCGCGAGCCCGCCUCGCGCACAGCUGAGCGAGAGACCUGGGAGGAGUCGGGCUACCGUGUCAACGCAGGCGGUCGUCUCGCGACUGUGCGGAACAACUUCCGCAUCUACGAGUGCUACUUGCAGAACGACCACCCGGGCAAGGGCCACGACCACGAGAUCUCCGAGGUCCGCUGGAUGAAUGCAGAUGAAGUUCGAAGGGAGAUGAAUCGUGGCAUGUGGCGCUUUCAGAGAUCACAGGCCUACCUCUACCUGCGCUGGCUUGGACAUUCCGACAAGUCAGGCAGCGUGGAAACGGUGGUGAAGAACAGCACAGCGGGUCCCGAGCAGUCGGUUCUGGCGGCCGCCCCGGUCUUCCCUCGGACCCCCGGGGCCGACCCAGGCCUGGUCCAGGGAAAUUCGACACAGACCAAUUCAGUGACAUCACUGGUUCCCACAGCUGGAAAUGCCACGAACUCCGCGCCCCGCGCUCAUGAAGAUGACAGGGAAGUAGCGGAGACGUCCGGAGCUGGCCCACGACGGCUGGUUCUUGUAUAG